AUGGCCGACACCGAGAUGGACGUCGACGAGCCCACUACAGCCGGCGACAUGGGCAAGAACGACUACAGCGACACCCAAACAUCCGAGAAGGCAGUCGCAGUCCGCAGCAUCGAAGGAUGGAUCAUUAUCGCGACCAAUAUCCACGAGGAGGCGUCGGAGGAGGAUAUCCAGGACAUGUUCGGCGAGUAUGGAGAGAUCAAGAAUCUUCACAUGAAUCUGGACCGUAGGAGUGGAUACGUGAAGGGCUACGUUUUGAUCGAGUAUCCAACAAUGUCCGAAGCGAAGGCUGCGAUCGAGGGUGCGAACGGGGAGCAAUUGCUUGAGCAGACGAUUGGUGUCGACUUCGCAUUCGUCCGACCACCGCCCUCUAAGGGACAGGCGGGUGGUAAGGGCGGAAGAAAGGCUGGCAGACGGCGCAGCAGGAGCCCUGGUGCAAAGCGAGGGGUUGAAGAUGAGGAUGAUGAGGCUGAGUGA